AGAGAGAGAGAGAAAAGGUCAGAAUCCGAGGCGGUUUCGAUAUUGUAUGAGGCUUCGUAGAGGGCUUUCACCAUCGCUUUCGACUUGAAAUUGCUGUUCCGUUUUCCAGCAGUGUUCUCUAUCCGUAAAGAUUAAAGGAAAGGGAAGGGAGGGAGGUCUUCCUUUUUUGGGGGACUUUGCAGUUUUCUUAUCCCCCUUUUUUUAUAUGCCAUAGAAAGGCUGCCUUUAGCAUGCAAGUGGGUUUCAAUAAAAGGGGAGGAGCGCCUAACACACACAGUUGAUUGUAAUUAAUAAAACCAAAUGCAGGACACCAAGAAGAAGCUCGCCACCGAAGAUUGCAAGAAGAAGGAACGACACAUCGUUUCCUGGACUCAACAGGAGGAUGAUAUUCUCCGAGAGCAGAUUAACCAACAUGGAACAGAAAAUUGGGCAAUCAUUGCGUCCAAAUUCAAGGAUAAGACAACAAGACAGUGCAGAAGAAGAUGGUACACAUACUUGAAUUCUGAUUUUAAGAAAGGGGGAUGGUCUCCAGAAGAGGAUUUGCUUCUAUGCGAGGCGCAGAAAAUAUUUGGAAAUAGAUGGACAGAAAUAGCGAAGGUGGUGUCAGGCAGAACGGACAAUGCAGUAAAAAACCGGUUUACCACCUUGUGUAAAAAGAGAGCCAAAUAUGAAGCAUUAGCAAAAGAGAACUCAAGUUCAUUCAUCAAUCACAACAACAAAAGGGUUCUCUUUCAAAAGGGGAGUAACGACGUUUCUUCUGAAACUUCUCAGUCAGGAAAGAGGAUAAGGAGAGCACACAUAUCUCAUACAACGGAAAGUUGCUCACUUGAUGAUGGAUUAAAAAAGCCAUGCUCAGCAAGGGAUCAGCAGCUGAGAGCUCCAUUUGCAGCUCUGGUAGAGAAUGUCCCUAGUAUCGACAAUUUGCCAGGUGAACUUCCCAUGAACAAUGCCGAAGGUCUAAAGACCACUCAAGGCAACAAGAAUCAAGAAACCUUUAUCAAGAAGGAUGAUCCGAAGGUAACCGCUUUAACACAACAAGCAGAAUUACUUAGUUCGCUCGCAUUGAAGGUCAACUCAGAGAAUACAGACCAGAGUCUUGAAAAUGCUUGGAAGAUUCUCCAAAAUUUUCUCAGUCGAACCAAAGGAAAUGACAUACCCAGAUAUGUAACUCCGGAUAUUGACCUUCAAGUGGAAGACACUAAAGGUUCAGUGGAGGAUUUAAGGAGUAGCAAUGAUGGUAGCCAAUGGAGAGAAUCCAAUCUCCACGAAUCUCCUGGCAGUUCAGAAUACAGUACUGGAUCAACACUAGUAUCCCAAACCGCGGAGGAAAAAAUAGAUCAAAGCCAACCUGAGAUAGGGACUCAUCAUCAAGAACCUAAAUUUGAAUCUGGGUCAACUUGCACCGGAGAGCAAAAUAAUGGUGAAUCUGAGAAAGAAAUACUUCCGAAGACAAACCUGGAGCGAGCAGAGGCUUUCAAGUGUUGCAAUGAACGAAAAAUUGAUACCAUUGCCUCUUCCUUUUCAAGCUCAGAAUUCAGCUCUCCCAUGCAUGUAAUUCCACUUUUUAGAUCCUUGGCAGCAGGAAUUCCCAGCCCACAAUUCUCUGAAAGUGAAAGGAGUUUUCUUCUUAAAACACUGGGAGUGGAGUCACCUUCCCUUAACCCUAGUGUUAAUCCUUCACAACCACCACCCUGCAAAAGAGCCCUUCUCCAAAGUCUAUAAAACCUCUCUAAUCAUCCCACACACAGAGUCUGUAUUAUCUAGGUUCAAAAUUCAGUCUUUUUCUUUCUUUCUUUUGAAUUAAAUUCCAUUGGUUUGCAGCCAUUCCGGCCUAAAAUUUUUCAUGGUGGCAUGUUGAUAUCUGCAUUCCAUGACCCGUGUCUCGAAUGUUAUGGAGCAUUCUGACACAUCGGGACACGUACAACCGCGUGUUCCACAUUCUUUUUUUCUUUUCUUUCCCUAGGUGGGGUUUCUCUAAUAGUAACGUCCGAACCAGUGUGCUUGGUGUGUCAUUUUUCCAGUCCUUGCAAUGUGAUUCUUAGUGUCCCAGUUUUUGUAGCUUGAUUUCCCACAUGUACAUAACUUCUAGAUACAUUUAUAGACAUUCAGAGAGUAAGCAUGCUUUGGCCGCAUGCUUACUGCCCUCCAACAAAAAGUGAUCGAGGGAAGCAGAUAGCAAAAAAAGGAAGAAAGGAAAAAACUGAUGAAAACAAGAGGAUAACCAGUUGGGGUGGUUUCCUGUAUACUUUUUAUUUUUGGUGUGCAGAGGUAUAGAAUCAGCUUCUUUUUUUUUUUGGUUCCUUACCUGAUUUUUGAUGCAACAAACAUAAAUAUGAUUUGAGUGGAAUGUGUUUUGUUGUUGGUGUGCA